UCCGCCGUGUUUUGUUUUUAUCACAGAUCAGGAUUAGGUUUUUAUCCUUGUCUAGUCUAGUUGUUUCGUUUGUGCUCCGCACACUCCACACGUGAGCGUUCGAAAGUGCGUAUUUACAUGUAUCCUUUCAAUUGCCACGCUAGGUGGAUAAUCACAAUUAUUUGUACUAUUUUGCCUUUUUUUGAUCGUGGUCAGUGAGUCAGUGAAUUACUUUACUUGAAGAGCUAUCAGCACAUACCUACAGACUGAAAAAUACGACAUCAUUAUCAUGGAAAAACGAGCCAUCGGAAUUGAUUUGGGAACCACCCAUUCCUGUAUCGGUGUCUGGCAAAAUGGUAAAAUGGAAAUAAUAAGCAAUGAACAAGGUAAUCGAAUAACACCCAGCUACGUUGCUUUUUCAGAUGAACGUUUUAUUGGAGAUACUGCCAAAAUGCAAGCUCCUAUCAACCCGAAGAACACCAUAUUUGAUGUGAAACGUCUCAUAGGUCGCAAAUUUGAUGAUCCUCUAGUGCAGGCUGAUAUGAAGCACUGGCCCUUUACUGUUAUCAACGAUGCUGGGAAUCCUAAAGUGCGCGUUGAGUACCAAGGAGUGGAGCAGGUAUUUGCGCCUGAAGAAAUUAGUUCCAUGGUCCUGUCAAAAUUAAAAGAAACAGCUGAAGUCUACCUAAACAGAGAAGUCACUGAUGCUGUAAUUACUGUUCCAGCAUACUUCAAUGACUCUCAAAGACAGGCCACAAAAGAUGCAGGCACUAUUGCAGGGUUGAAUGUCUUGCGAAUCAUUAAUGAGCCCACUGCAGCUGCCAUUGCUUAUGGUCUUGAUCAAAACUUGAAAAGUAAGCGGAACAUCCUGGUUUUUGACUUGGGUGGCGGUACUUUUGAUGUGUCUGUCCUGACCGUUGAUGAAGGUUCCUUAUUCGAAGUGAAAUCGACUGCUGGUGACACUCAUUUGGGUGGUGAAGACUUCGACAGCCUUUUGGUGAAUUACUUGAUCAAAGAAUUCAAGCUGAAAUAUAAGAAAGAUCUCCAAUCUAACCCCCGAGCACUGAGCAGAUUGAGAGCUGCUGCAGAACGAGCGAAAUGCACCUUAUCGUCAGCACUAUCAGCGAACAUCAUGAUUGAUAGUUUAUUUGAUGGUAUCGAUUUUUACACACUAGUUAUCAGACCUAAGUUUGAAGACCUUUGUGCUGAUUUGUUCCAAAGAACAUUGACCACAGUUGAGCAAGCUUUAACAGAUGCUAAAUUAGAAAGAGAAGCAAUUGAUGAUGUAGUUCUUGUUGGAGGUUCCACGAGAAUUCCAAAGGUCCAAUCAUUGCUCGAGGAUUUCUUUGGUGGUAAAUCCCUGAAACACUCAAUUCACCCUGAUGAAGCUGUCGCUCAUGGUGCUGCUGUGCUAGCUGCAUCACUGAGUGGAAAUGAUGACAUAAAAAUUAAGGAUGUAGUGUUGCGCGAUAUUACUCCUCUUUCCCUUGGAAUUAAUACCAAAAACAACGUAUUUAGUGUUAUCAUUGAGAGAAAUACCAGGAUUCCAUGUAAAAAAACAAGAACCUAUCAUACCACAGAAGACAACCAGGAUGGUUUGGAAUUCAGUAUCUAUGAAGGUGAGCGUGCAGUAGCCUCUGAGAAUCAUUUGCUUGGUGAGCUUACUCUAGAAGGUAUCCAAAAAGCCCCCAAAGGUGAAACUAAAGUAGCUGUCACAUUUGACUUGAAUGAAGAGGGAAUCCUUUCGGUUUCAGUUGCAGAAGAAGGCACUGACAAAUCUGAACACAUUACGAUCACCAAUGAAAAGGGUCGCUUAUCUGAUAAAGAAAUCAGGCGAAUGAUCCAAGAAGCUAAACGUUUCAAAGAAGAAGAUGACAAGCAUUUAGCUCGAUCUAGAGCUAGGAAUCAACUAGGAGAUUAUACCUACAAAAUGACACAGGAAUUAAAAGCAGCAGAAUCCAAGCUCUCAAAGACUGACAAGAGCCGCCUGAAAGAGGAAAGCGAUAAAAUCUGGGAUUGGCUUCAGAAAAAUCCUAAAGCUGGUCUAGGAGAAUAUAAACAGAAGUUGCAAGAUAUCCAGGAGAAGUGCCAGUCGAUCAUGAUGAAAAUUCACAAAGAUGAUGCGCUGCUUGAUUAAGAGAGUCCAAUUGUGUGCUUUCUUAUUCUGCCUUAUUAAAACUUGAACUUUGAGUUAUUUUGUUUUCAUGAUAAUUGAAUUAAUAGUUAAAUCUUGCACAAAGAGAGCUUGAUGAUUUUGGACGGUUUCCAGAACUGAGAUGAUAAUUUUCAACGCUUUUUCGAUGUCAAAAUUGUCAAUAAUUUAUUUUCCCCCAGUGAUUUUGACUUGUCCACCCAUGUUUCUUUUGUUUCUCAAGUAAUGCAUUCAAUUUUGGAUCAUAUAAUGGGUUAUAAUUUUCGCCACAGAGUUAUUUUUAAAUGUUUAAGCUGUAUCUCUCUGCUAAACUCUUGAAUUUUUAAUGUUAUGUGAAGGGUAUAAUUACUUUUAGUUGUAGUAUAGUCUCUUGUUAUUUACUCCUGAUAUCAUUUCAUAUUCCUUGCAAGUAGAUCGUACCAAUCUAUGAAAAAGGAAUUUCAAGGUGAUUUGUCUCAGGUUCUUGUCAUGGUGGAACUGUCAACUGUCAUACAAUAUAUCGCAUCAAUUAAGUAAGUAAAACUAGUGAUGGCUUUUCACUGAAGUAAUUGCAGAAGAAUGAUGGCAAUCCCUGUUCAUAUAUUGAAAGAAUCUUUCUCCAAAACAAAAAAAAUUGUAGAAUUCAGAGAAAUGAAAGCACGAUUUAGCUACCAAAGAAAAGUUGCAUUCAAUACUGAGGUCGAUUAUUACUGAAUCGAAUGCAACAUUUUUUUUUGUAGCCAAAUUCUGCUAUCAUUAUCCCGAAAUCUGCAUAUUGUUUUCAUUUUUGAGAAUGACUCUUUCGAUUUAUGUGCAAGAGUCAUCAUCCUUUUUCUGACUAAAAAGUCAAAAUUUGUCGAGAUUUUUGACUCAUUGGUGCAAUGCAGCACAUGCCAGUCCGGUGAUGCCAAGAACUCAAGACGAAUCACCUUAAAGCUUCUUGUGAAUCGUGCAUUGAUGCUAGGCAAGGAGCUGUUGACUCUGUUCUCGACUCUUAAUUGUGUUGUCUGAACUGUGCAUUACCCAGACCUAUUUAUUGUCAAGAUAUUGUUUUGCUUAAGUACUACUAAGGAAAGACUAGCGAAUCAAUUGUUUUAAAAUGUGUGAAAUAUUCUUGCCUUCAAAACUUCUGACUCAGCCGAUAAUGCAAAUGAAAAAUUUGUAUCACUGCUGAGGAAUAAGCUGGAAAUGUUGAAAGGUGUUUUAAACAAAUUUCUCACCCAUAGACUCUGAUUUAAGGGCAUAUGUUCUUUUUCUGUAUUGUGAGUUAAAUUAAAAUAUGUAUUUAACACCGAAAACACAUGUUACAAAUUUUGAAAAAAAUGGUCCGAUAAUUUUUUCCUGUUGGCCGGGCAGUAUUGACAUAAAAACUAAACUGCAGCAACCCAAAUCACAACCAGUGGUUCUUUGCAUAGCAUUAGACUUGACUGUUCUUGAGGUAUGCUCAAAAGUACACACUUUUUCAAAUAGGUCUAUUUUUUUGCACGGACUAUAUUAGUAGCUCAUCAGAUAAUUGUCCCUUUAUCUAUAAAUCUUCUUCAGUAUUAUUUUCAUAAAAUGUUGAACGAAGUGUCAUCUCUGACCUUAGCAGUUGAAGGGCUGUACCCAACAGCUGAAGUUCGUACAAAAAGGUUUUUCUAUUUUGUUGUUGUUUUUAAAUUUAAUUAUAAGAUCAGCGUCAAUUAUUGGAAAGAGGCUGCUCAUUGUAAUCUAUUAAGGUAAAAAAAGGAAAGAAAAGAAAAGAAAUUAUGUCAUCGAUUUUCUGCCCUCUCAUGAGUCAUCCUUGAAAUUUUCUCGUAUCCCCUACAAAACCGUCUUCUUCAACACUGAAGUGCCCAGUGUGGAAAAUGAUAUUUUAAAUCGGAGCAUUAUGGCAACGUUUUACCCCUUUAUUUAGCUAAGCCAACUGAUGGUUUCAUGGUAUAUUGUUAUUUUUUAUUUUUUUUCUCGCCAAGAUGAUGUUUCUUCGAAUUUUUCUGGUUUCUUUGUUUCUUGUUUGAAGAGAGGAUCCUUGAAGCAACUUCUCUAAGUAUGUUUUUUUGUAUGCCAUCAGCAAGCAAUCUAUGAUUAAACUAUGAAAGUACUUUCACGAUGCGCUGAUACUUAGAUACUCAAGUAUUCCAUCGAACACAAGGAAACUGUCGCCUUUGCGAAAAACCAUGAGACCUUAGAAGGGAAGUGUAAAAAUUUUCCACUAUCAUCCAAUAUUGGAUGAAGAAGUUACGGAUUGGACUUCCUUAAGUGCUAACUCAGACAGUUUACAGGGGUACAAUUAAAGGUAUUUUCUAAUUUGACCUUCCAAAGGCAGUAAACGGUUCUUAACGAGACAGGUCCUUCAUAGAGUGUCAAGUAUUUUCCCAGGUGUAAUUAAGGGUUACCUCGGAGUAAGGUUCUGUACCAUAACAGCUAAAAAUCCAAGUUUCCAAGAAUUUUUAAGUACAGAAUAUUUACCAGAAGAAAAUGCCCAUUGUUUUUCCUCAAAUAUUAAGAAAGUGAAUGGAUGUCGUGUUAUAUAGGGUGUGUUUCCCUCUCAAAUAUUUCAUCUGGGUUUUUCCAAUAAUCUUUCAGGGAAAGCUCGCACUUUUCAUAUUGAAAUUAGUUUUGGUUUAUUUUUGAGUCAGAUCAUAUUGCUUUGUUCAAUUUAUUACUGUUUGUGUACUUUACCUAAGUAAUUAAUAAAUUUUAUGUUUCUUAA